UGGGCGUCAGUCGUCAAGAGGAAUAGCCGGGGGCCGUACACGUCGGACUGGUACUUCUUGGUCGGGUGGUUGUUGUGCAUCAGACCCAUUGGCGUCCAGGAUGCCGCCCUCCGCCGUGUUCUGGCUGCUGCUGGUCGCGUUGUGCCCUUGCCUGGCGUUGUCCUUGCCGGCCACCGGGGGCGGCUCCACCGACCAGCCCUUCACGGGCCCCGUCGACCUCACGCACGCGCUCAACGCCCGGGCGCAGAACUGGCCCGGGGCGCGCGGCUUCAACUUCACCCUGCAGGUGGCGCAGGACGAGCCGUGGGCUGGCGGCGGCUGGAUCGCCUUCAACGAGUUCUGCAUGGCCGAGCACCUCGGCACGCACAUCGACGCCCCCUUCCACUUCAACAAGACCGGCUGGAAGCUGCACGAGAUCCCCAUCGACCGAUUCAUCGCGCCGGGCGUCCUGAUCGACGCCUCGGCCGCCGCGGCCGCCAACCCCGACACGUUCCUGGGCGCGGACGCGCUCGAGGACUGGGAGGCGCAGCACGGCCGCGUGGCCGCGGGCAGCGUGGUCCUGGUGCGCUUCGGCUGGGCCGACAAGUACGCCGACCGCAGGGCGUACUUCGGCGUGGCCACCGACGACCGCGCCAGCAACGACACCGAGCACCUCAGCUUCCCGUCGCUGUCGCCCGAGCUGGCGCGCGCACUGGCAGACCGCCUCGUGGCCGGCGUCGGCGUGGACACCCCGUCGGUCGACCCGGGCAAGGCGGGCGACCACAAGCCCUUCGCGCACCGCGCGCUCGCUGCCGUCAACGCCUUCAACCUGGAGAACGUCGACCUGCGGACCACCGUGCUGCCGCCCAAGGGCUUCACGCUCAUCGUCCUGCCCGCCAAGAUCGAGGACGGCACCGGCGGGCCCGUCCGGGUGGUGGCCGUCCCCGGCGACCGGCCCUGGGCGUGAAUAGACCCCGCGGAGACCGUGUACACCGCGGUGUUCUCGACGCGGUCCCACAGUUUGAUUGAUAAGGAGCCCGCUGAAGGAGUCGCGACGCGCGGGAGCUCCGCUGGCGGCGGGUCCGACAACGGGGUCUAAUCACGCCGUGGGAAGCG